GAGAGGCCACAGGCCUAGGGAAUGAAGAAACGCUGUAAAGCCAAGAGCUUUAUGGACGUGAAGCCCAGGGUAACCCCAAGACCAGCUAUAUCUGUCUCUAUCUAUAUACUACAUUGCUCUAUAAAUUAGAGCAGCGUUUUUCAAAUUGUGGGUUCCGACUCUUUAGUGGGUCGCGAGAUAAAUAAAAUGGGUCGUUUGAAAAACGCUGACUUAGACUCUGCUCCACUUUCGGAUUUAUGAUUUACCGACCACACAUACACACACACACACACGUGCGCACAUGCAUACCUUCCUACCUACCUACCUACCUACCUACAUACAUACAUACAUACAUACAUACAUACAUACAUACAUAUAUACAUACAUACAUGCAUGCAUACAUGCACGCACACACAUCCAUAGGGGAGAAGUCGUGGUUGUCUGGUCAGACCCGUGUUUCCCAAUCACAUGAUUUCGGCUCCAGUCCCACAUGUAUGGCGGCAGUCUAAUGACAGAAACAAGUCAAACAUAAAGGAUAAAAGAUAAGGAAAUAUAUUUUUAAAAAAAAACAAAAAAAUGUUUAAUAAACUGUCAAGGGAAGUAAUUCAGUUUUGAGCGGUUGUCAAGGGAAGUAAAUCAUUUGUUUUGGUGAGAAACGUGAAUCGAAAGAGGUAAAUGUUGUGAUGGAAGGGUCUUCUAUUCUUGAACAACAAAUGACUUAUCAGAGGGUACUUGUCCACCUGAAACACGCAACUCGAGAUACUCGACCAGUAUUGGCCAAAUUUACACAGUGUAUUGUGGAUUAUUUUGGUGCCACCCAUCUUCAAACUCCUGUUUAUGCAUGCCUGAAGAAUAAUUCUUUUAUAAUCAGCAAUGAAACUUUGGAUGACAGUCACAGCCAGCCAGUAUUUAUUAAACAUCCAUCCUUCUGUCCGAUAUUGAACCUAACCUCAGACCUUGAUGCAGCAACCAAAAGCAGAGGAAUUGAUGUUGGAGUUGCCGUUCUUCUUGAAAGUUCCGACCACAAAUUAUUGCUGUCCAGAAGAGCAAAUCACUUGCGUAUAUUUCCUGGUAUCUGGGUACCACCAGGUGGUCAUAUAGAAGCAAAUGAAAUGAUCACUGAUGCUGGUGUUAGAGAGUUCUUUGAAGAGACUGGUUUCAAAAUAAAUCCAGGACAAUGUGAAGAUGAGAAAUUAAACCUUAUCACACUUUGGGAAUCUGUCUAUCCAGCAAAGUUGACCUAUGGAAACCCUAAAAGACACCAUGUGGUUGCAUAUUUACAUGGGAAACUAAAGAGCAUGACAUCAAGCGAAGCAGAGAACCAUCUUCAGAUAGAACCUAAUGAAGUCGAUGCAUGUGCAUGGUUUAACAGACAGCAGAUUGCUUCUAUUGUAAGAUCAGAUGAAGAAGGAUUUAACUCCAGUGAGCAACAGAAUUCUUUGGACCCAGACUCUCAUUUCAGAGCUCACAUAUUGAAUGAGAAUAAAGAAAUGGUCACAACUGAACUCCCGUUGCUUCCUCUUCUGCAACUUGCCGACAAACAUAGUGAUUGCUCUCCAGGCAGGGUCAGCACUGGCACCAAAUUUGCUUUGCAACAAUGGUUGAAAAUAUCGAAAUAACACUGAACUGACAAAAUAAUUUUUAUUUAUGAUUUAAUCUAAUUAAAACAAAACCAGACAAUUUUAAAUUGCCAUCACAGCCCAUAUUUCACUGCUACAGCUGUUUGCAGCUAAAACUGAAAUUAUUUGCCACUAUAAGACAUUUCCAGAAGAUAGAAUUUCCAAGAAAGAGUUCUCUAUGUCAAAAAAACUAAGUUUUCUCAAUUUUCUCUUGCUUUCUGGUUUGCUAAUGUUUUGUGAAAAGUGAAAAAGAAAAAAAAAACACAUGUUCAAUGAAUUUCGUUAUGACUAAUUAUUUCCAUCUUAAUAAAAUGUCUCACUUCAUAAAA